AUGGCGCAGCGGGGUACGAGGGUUUCCUGGAUCGGUGGUCUCCUGGACAUCGAGGGCGAGGGCGUCGUGGCCUCUGUCGACCAGGACAAGGUCAAGGAGCUCGCGGAUGAUGCCAUCAAGCUGCUCUCCCUGAGCGUGGUCUUCGCCAAAGCGCUCCGUCAGUACAUCGGCGUUGCGAAUCACAUCGCGGGCGUCCUCUUUCCGUGGCGCGCCUUCUUGUGUGACCUCUGGGGCGCGCUCGCCGCCGUGGGCAAGCAGGCUGCCGGGGCGGUCCGCAUCCAUUACAGCGUCCUGGCUUGCUGCGGCGGGGGCGCCUCCGUCACGAUCGUCGCUGGCGCCUCGCCGUGGUGUCUUGGCGGCGUUCGUGUUGUGGGUGGCCAGAUUACGCAAUGGUUUGCCGGCGCCCUGUCCGAGCUGGAUGCGGUCGUCCUUCAGUCGUCCAUUGGGUCGCGCCUCGGGCAGCAGGCAUUCGAGGCCCUCGCCAUCCUCGUGGCGCUGCGGAAGUGGAAAUCCUGGUGGUGCUCCGUCCGCGCGGCCCACGAGGCGAAGGCUGACGACGUCGCGGCGUUGACAGCGCUGGCCAAGCUCAAGGGCAAAAGGGCCGGCGUGGCGACAAUCGCCAGGGAGAUAGCGUUUGAUCUUUGUGAUGGCGCGUUCCAGCCGGACGUCUGCGCCCAUGCUCCCGGCAUCGCGCUCGGCAUCGCGGACUCGUUGAGCCUGCAAUCCCAGCCGGGUCGCCCCGUCGUCUCGCGCCCUCUGCUGGCCGACGCAGCCGAGGG